AAGUGGAAUGAAGGUAGUGAUGUGUCGCUGAUAGUGAUGAAAGGUGCUGGUGAUAAGGCGUUUUGUGCGGGAGGCGAUGUUGUUGCUGUUACAAAAUCGUACAAAGUAAACGAUCCAGCGCAGACAUUACAUAAGGAUUUCUUUCGUGAAGAGUAUUUGUUGAAUUAUGAAAUCGGCACCUGUAAAGUACCAUACGUGGCUAUUAUUGAUGGAAUCACGAUGGGCGGGGGUUGUGGUCUUUCGGUUCAUGGUCGAUUCCGUGUGGCCACAGAGAGAACGAUGUUGGCAAUGCCCGAAACGGCAUUGGGUCUGUUCCCUGACGUUGGUGGAUCUUAUUUUCUGCCAAGAUUAAAUCAUAAUAUUGGUCCGUUCCUUGCGUUGACUGGUUUCCGAUUGAACGGUGCCGAUGUGUAUCACUCUGGCGUUGCGACUCAUUACGUAUGA